ACGAAUUAUAAAUUGGUGUGUUUUUUUGAAUUGUAACUCGUUCGGCGUUUUAGUUUCCGUGUAACAUUAUCAAUACGUUUCGUUCCUGGCUCCUUGCGGACGGGGCCGUUCGACCGACUGGGUACCGUUUCUUUGUUGUAAAACCUAUUUAUUCGUCUUGGUGUUCCCCUGAAAGAGCUGUUUAUUAACCAUGAAAAAGCGAUUGGUUUCAUUAUCAAUAACUGAUAUCUGUAAUAUAAAUGGUGUAUAUUUGUAUUAUAUGCAAAAAAAAAAAAAAAAAGUUGUAGCGGGUGUGUCUCGCCUGCUUGAGGAAAAAAACCCCGUUUAGUCUUGACUGACAGCGCUCUUCCGUCAAACGGCUUCCGUCCCGAACAGAACCGAUGCGCUGGACUCAGGUGCAGAACAGAAUCUUCAGGAUGGCGAGCACCCAGCAAUCUGCACAGGAAUUCCUGGGAAAUGGACGCAAUCUGCUAACUGGAUCUCAUUUAAACUGCGAUCCUGUAAUUGAAGCCUUAGACCAGUGCAGAUUCAUCAAAACUGAAGAGCUUAAUUUAAUUCAAUCUGCAGAAAUUAUCCAGGAGAAGAUAAAGAUUAUGCUUGACCUAGUUAUUUCCAAAGGUGAAGAAGCAUGCUAUAAGUUUUUAAAAAUUCUUGACAAGAACAGAUUUCAAGUAUUUCCAAGAUCUGGUUUGGUUACUCCAGAUUUACACCACUGGAUUAGUUGCUUCUCCUUCCAGGAAGAACCACAAUCUCAGACAGCAAACAAAGCAGAUUCAGAUCCUUGUACUACAUACCAGGGCCUUUUGAGAUGGAAAGCAAGACAAAUACUGGAUGAAAAAUGGAACCAAAGCAUGAAUUUCUUAAAAAAUGAGCAAAAAAGAAAACCCUUCAUGUACGUACCCCUUGUUAUGGACACAGAUUCUAGUACAGUUGCAAAGCUUAAGAAGAUCAAGGGAUGCAAGAAAUCUCGUUCAAAGAAACUGAAGACCUACAUUCCAACAGCCAAGAAAAUGCUGUCUCCCAAAGACUUGCUAACGAAUGAUGAGAAAAGCAUCCUGCUUGUGGGAAAACCUGGAGUGGGAAAAACAACAGUUGCACUAGAGAUACUUAGACUUUGGACAGAAGAGAAAAACAUUCCACAGUGCAUCGGAAUAUUGACCUGGACCUCACAGACUGUAGCAUUGCUGACCCCGGCUUGAAACUUCUUCUAAGCUCAUUGAAAAAUUUGAAAUUUCUCAGGUCAACAAGCACAUUGAAA